UUGAAGAUUCAUUGUAACUACGUUGCGUCUAAUUAUUUUUUGGGAAACAAAGAAUUGAGAGAAUAUCUCAGCUCCUUCCUUCAUCUAAAAAUGGAAAACAACCAAAUAAUCCACAAGAAACUCAGAGUUGUUUGCCUCCACGGCUUCCGAACAAGCGCCGAAAUCCUCAAGAAAUUGGUUCUCCGGUGGCCGGAAUCCGUCCUCGACCGCCUAGAUCUCCACUUUCUCGACGCACCAUUCCCCGCUCAGGGCAAGUCCACCGUCGAAGGCAUCUUUGACCCUCCUUACUUCGAAUGGUUCCAAGCUGAUAAGGAAUUUAAAGAAUAUUACAAAUUUGAAGAGUGCCUGGAAUACAUUGAGGAUUAUAUGGUCAAAAAUGGGCCCUUUGAUGGAGUUCUUGGUUUUUCCCAGGGAGCAGUUUUAGCAGCAGCAAUGCCAGGAAUGCAGAGGGAAGGUGCAGCUUUGAGCAAAGCAGCAAAAAUAAAGUUUGUGAUAAUAAUAUCUGGGGCUAAAUUUGGAGGCCCCAAAUUUGGUGUUCCAAAACUAGCUGCCAAUGCAUUCUCACAUCCACUUCAUUGCCCUUCCUUGCACUUCUUGGGUGAGACAGAUUUCCAGAAAGAAGAAGGGAAACUUCUGCUGGAGUGCUUUGUGGAUCCACAUCUUAUUCAUCACCCCAAAGGACACACAGUACCAAGAUUAGACGAGGAAAGUGUUGGAACAAUGCUUGGGUUCAUCGACAAAAUUGAGAAAAUGGCAGUGCAGGAGGAAGGAAACUAGCCUAGGUUCAGCCUUAAUGACUAUAUAUGCAUGGUAAUGAUCUAAAGCAACAUGCAGUGUCUAAUUAGUAACCAUACUAAUUAGGUUAAAUAAACUGUGUUUAACUUGUAAUCCUAGUAAUUCGUUACUCGACCACAAAUCUUGUGAUUGGUACAAUGGUACAUGCAUAUUAUAUCAUGAAUUCUAAAGUUUUGUCCACUUUCAACUUAAAA